GGGAUCCCCACCACCGAAGCAUCAGUUUCUUCAAUCUCCCACGUCUGAAAUUGAAAAAUCGAGAGAAGAAGAUAAGCACAAUCUGAACACCAAGAGUUGUUUCGUGCAGUGAUUUCUUAGAGAUCUAGUAGAUUAGAAGUUGGAUUUGUUGAAGAAAAGUGAAUUUGGUACGAGUCUUUUGGUUUCCUUCUUCUCUGAAGCUACUAUAGAGAGAAUCUGCGUGCGAGCUCAAUUUCAUAGGAAUUAGGGUUCGUGUUUCUUGGUAAAGAUAGAAUCAAUGGCGGAGGUUGUUCUGCACAUAUACGAUGUGACGAACAGUGGAUCGGAGAAGACUAACAACACCAUUGUUCAGAUCAAUAGGUUCUUCAAAGACGGGAUCGGUCUAGGCGGUAUAUUCCACAGCGCUAUUCAGGUAUAUGGAAACGAUGAAUGGUCUUACGGGUAUUGUGAACAAGGAGGAACUGGUGUGUUCAGCUGUCCUAGUGGCAAGAAUCCAAUGUACACAUAUCGUGAGAAAAUUGUUCUUGGCAAGACAGAUUGUACAAUCUUCUUGGUAAAUCAGAUCUUGCGUGAGCUCAGCAGGGAAUGGCCUGGACACACUUAUGAUUUGCUGUCCAAAAAUUGCAACCACUUCUGUGAUGUAUUAUGUGACCGGCUUGGUGUGCCAAAGAUCCCAGGUUGGGUGAAUCGUUUUGCUCAUGCUGGCGACACAGCCUUGGAAGUGGCAGGAAACACAGCAAUGCGGGUAAAGCAAGCCAAAACUGAACUUGUGUCAGCUAGUAAAGUGGCUUACCGCUUCCUUUCAAAUGUUACCUCGAACAUAACCAAUGGUUCGAAUGGCCCCAAUGGCUCCAAUGGCUCUCCACAACGGCCAGGAACUCUCAACAAUUCAGACAAUGAGAACUUUAGAUUGCAAGGUAGUUGGUUGAAAGGUAUACUUAACACAGCCAAACCCUCCACAAGUACAGAGAUAGGGAACAAAGAGGAAGAUGCAAAUCAUACAAUAGCGAAUCAGAAAAAGCAAAGCCGUGACUCUGAUGUUCUACUAUUUCAGUAGCAACUGUACUGAUCCACCGGUUAACUGUGUAUAUCCACCUAUCUAAAGUUAUUCAUUUGUAUCCAUUACUUUGUACCACCAUUCGAACACACCUCUCUUUUUUUUUUUCUCUUUUUCAGCAGAAUGUGUGUUUUUGUUAAGAAGAUAUUUUCAACACGUUGUUACUACUUA